AAUCGAUAACAACAUUCAAUGGUAUUUGACAACUCUAAACUUCAGCCGGCGAAUGUAUUGUUGUGAAAAGUGGUAAAUUACAAUUUCCUCUGAAUUAUAUGUUAAAAUUACUUCAACCGUGAUCUAAAUAGGAAAAAUGAGAUGUAUUAAAACAGUAUUGCAGAUAAUAUUUCUUUUAAAUGUCUGUCUGGCUACAUUAUCGCCACCCUCUGAUAAGAAGGGACAAAAGGGAGUAAAACCGCAGGAAGGUGCUAGGAAGAAUAAUGUUUUAGAUCGCAAAUUAGUGAAUGAAACGCCUUUAGUGAAAGAUAUAAUAAAAUAUCAUGCCACCUAUCACCAGGACGUAAAUUCGCGCAACUUCAGGAACACUGUUUUGGGUUACGUUACUCCCUGGAAUAACAAAGGCUAUGAUGUCGCCAAGACUUGGGCUCCCAAGUUCAACUAUGUGUCUCCAGUUUGGCUGCAAAUCAGGCGUCAGUCGCCCAACAUUUACAUCAUAUCGGGCCUUCAUGAUGUUGACCAUGCCUGGAUGAAGUCUGUCAAACAGAAAGGCUUGACUACUAAUUUAAAAUUAUUGCCAAGAAUACUCUUUGAAAAUUGGCAGCCAUCGGAUCUGAAAGCGUUCUUCAUGGAGCCCUCAUCUCUCACAGAGCAGAAAGCUCUUAUCGAUGAGGUGAAAAAAGCCUGCAAGCAGUGGAAGUUUGACGGCGUGGUUCUGGAAGUACUGUCACAGAUUGGGAAAUAUGUUGAUAAGUCUGUCAAGUUUAUACAACAGUUUGGUUUAGAGAUGAGUGAAGAGGAUCUUAGUCUAAUUCUAGUCUACCCACCCUACCGAGGGUAUCCUGCCGAUGAGUUCUUCAUACAGGCUUUUAAUGAUAUCUAUCCCUAUGUGGAAGCUGUGUCUGUUAUGACUUAUGAUUUCUCAACUCCUCAGAAGCCAGGUCCUAAUGCACCACUGUAUUGGGUAAGGCUGUGCAUAGAAAAACUCAUAGACAAUGAUGAGAAUCCAUCAAAGAGGUCCAAGAUCUUAAUUGGACUGAACUUUUAUGGUAACUCAUAUACUGCCAAUGGUGGCGGGCCCAUUGUUGGCACAGAAUACAUAGAGUUGCUGAAAAAUGCUAAGAGUAACCAAGCAUUGUCCUACAAUAAUAAUACAGCGGAGAAUUAUGUGGAGAUCAGGACAUCACAGGGUACAAAGAAGAUAUUCUAUCCCACGUUAUACUCGAUACAGAAGCGUCUGGAGAUGGCGCGGGAGUACGGCACUGGGAUAGCCAUCUGGGAACUGGGGCAAGGCCUCGAUUACUUCUACGAUCUCUUCUGAUUGUGUGUCAUACCAUCUAAGUCUACCAAUACACAAUUUAUGUUUGUGAUAUUCGUGAAUCAUUGUUUUUUUAAAUGAAAAAAAAACAAUAAAAUAUUUAUAUGUUUAAAA